AUUGCAAUUAGCGCUCCUUUGCUUCCUGACCAUACCAUCAUCGUAUCCUCUAGGCGAUGCCACCUGCUCGGUCUGGUGGCACCACAUCGUCCACCUCGGCCUGCCGACGCUCAAGGACAGCGCCAAAGAAGGCGCCUUCUCCUCCUUCAUCCUCGCCACCACCUCCACCCAUCGCCAUAGCACUCUCGCCCAGCAUGCCCAGACCCACAGUCAUUGCUAAUGCCCACGCCAGUGGCAGUGGCAGUCGUAGCAGCCAAAGCCAAAGUUCUUCUGCACAACAGCCUCUGCAAGAAAGCCAAGGCAGUGUGACCAACGACGACGAGUCUCAGACCGACAUCGAGGAGGAUCACCUUCAGAUGCCCAGACGCCCAGCGGCAUCACGACCUCCUCACCAUCCGCCUACUAGGCGCACGAUAGCAACAACAACAACAUCAUCAUCAUCAUCAUCGAUACGUCACUCGCCCUAUUCGAGAGCCCCAGUCGUAGUCCUCAGCAGCGACGAGGAAGACGCUCCAGGGCCCAGUCGCACUUCUCGUCCUUCGCGCACGACUUCAAGACCUACGAGGACAGCUCGAGUGCCUACCGUCGCUCCCGCAGAGGCAAUGGAUACAGAUACGCAAGCCCCUGAAGCACGUCAGAGGGCUACCUCGACCGCAAACACCUCUGGCGGUGGAUUUCUCGUAGAUCGGGUCGUGCGAUCAAGUCGUCCUCAGCCAAUCGUCGUGGCAGAUGAUGACAUCCUCCAUGGAGCUCGUGCCAGCGGCAACGACCCAGCAACGACAGCGACAAACAUAGCGGCAGCUUCGGCGUCGCACACCAACACCAGUGCACCCCUACCUCCUUCCUCCUCUCCUCCGCACAAGCUCGGACCCAAUGGCCUGCCCCUCCCUCGCCAAUCACCUACGCGAGGUCGACCACCGAUAGUAGCCCAUCCCCUUCUCAGCAAAUAUACUUGCCCAAUCUGCCUCUGUGCCCCGCAUCCACACGCCGUCACCACACCUUGCGGCCACGUCUUUUGCUCUGAAUGCCUCUUUGAAGCACUCCAGACGCCCGCCAAGCAGAAGCAAGAUGAGAUUAGACAGCAGGCCGCAGCCUUUGCUCAAUUCUCCAGUGGCGCUUUCGGUGGAUAUGGCUGGCCUUCGGCCUUCUUUGGUGGCAUGGCGGGCAUGGGCGGAGGGUUAGGACAAGUCAAUGGAUUGCCUGGUUCAGAGGGAGUCGAGGCGGCUGCUUUGGCUGCGGCCCUUGGCGGGCUUGAGGAGGAACAAGGAGCAGACGGCGUGGAAGCGUCAUCAUCAUCAACGACGGCUACAACUUCAGGUCCGAGCGCAGGGGCAGCUCGACUAGACCCUCUCGUUGGGCCAUGCCCAGUUUGCCGCGCCCCCAUACCCGGCGGCUUCAUCCGUAGCGGUGCCGCGACCACCAACUCAACGACGGCCAGCGGGAGUAAGCGACCGGUAUUCGGGCUUCAGUUCAAGCUGGGCAAGCCCAUUGAUGAUCCGAGGAGGAGUGAGGCGUGACCGUUUGCGGUGGCUGGCGCUGGCAAAAAGAUGGUAUUCGCUUCAUCACUGUUCGUAGCAUCGAUCCCAUUGUACCUUCAACAUUGUACCAUUAUUCCCAUCAUCAAUCCCCAUCAACAGGCUCGAUCACCCUUCUAUCUCCUCUCCCCUCUCUGAGUUUCACGCCCUCACACUCGCGACCCUACUUCUCCGCUUGUCCCCAUCGACAGGUGGCGACCUCGGCGCCCUCAAAGCCGCAUCGAGACAAUGACUCCUUGCCUCUUCUAUAUCCCUCAUCCAGAGAUGGGCCGCACGCUGCGAGGUCGUUUUCAGGUCCACCUUGU